CAAAAGUUAUAUCAGUAGGAUGUAGUUCGUGAACCUGCUCACAUGUACACUUUUCGGUUAAUUAAAUUUUAUUUCCAUUAGCGUUUGAUAAUAAUAAUAAUAACAUUAUAUCGAAAUCGACAGUUCAGAUUUGUAUAAAAAACGAUGGAAAACAAACAGCUCACCGUGGCCCAGACCAUUGAUCUACGCAAUAAGUACAUCGGACAAAAUUGCGAAUUGUUUUUCAAGCACAAUCCGUUGAAAAUAGUUAAGGGCGAAGGCCAGUAUUUGUACGAUCAAGAUGGUAAAGAAUACUUGGAUUGCAUUAACAACGUGGCACAUGUUGGACAUUGCCAUCCCGAAGUGGUACAAGCCGGAGUGAAACAAAUGCAAGUUUUGAACACUAACAAUAGAUUUUUACACGACAAUCUUGUCCUUUGUGCUGAAAAAUUGGUUUCCAAAAUGCCUGAAUCUUUGUCAGUUUGUUAUUUCGUCAACUCUGGCUCGGAAGCGAACGAUUUAGCUCUCAGAUUAGGCCGGCAACAUACCGGUAACACCGACAUUAUAACACUCGAUCACGCUUAUCACGGACACCUGACGUCAACAAUUGACAUUUCACCUUACAAACUAAAUUUAUCCGGAGCACCAAAAAAACCGGAUUACGUACACAUAACACCGGUGCCGGAUGUCUAUAGGGGGAAACUGAGGGCCGACCAACACCCCGAUGAAGACAUGGGAGAGUUAUACGCUUUGGAAGUAAAGAAGAUCAUCGAUGAACAAGUGAUUGGAAAACGUGGUCAGAAAGUGUGUGCUUUCUAUGCGGAAAGUUUACAAAGUUGUGGAGGACAAAUUAUAUUGCCUAAAAAUUAUUUGAAAAAUGUGUACAAGUACGUGCGAGAAACCGGUGGAGUAUGUAUCGCUGAUGAAGUCCAAGUUGGGUUCGGCAGAGUAGGUACACACUACUGGGCUUUCCAAAUCGACGGUCCCGAUGUUGUGCCUGACAUAGUAACUGUAGGCAAACCAAUGGGCAAUGGGCAUCCAGUAGCAGCUGUCGUUACUACUAAAGCCAUUGCUCGAAGUUUUGCUGCCACCGGUAUUCAAUAUUUUAACACGUAUGGUGGCAACCCAGUGUCAUGCGCCAUAGCUUUAGCCGUAAUGGAUGUUAUCGACAAAGAAAACCUAAUAGAAAACGCUCGAGUCGUUGGCGAUCAUUUGUUGUCCGAAUCAAAAAAGUUACAAGAAGCUUACCCUGACAUGAUCGGGGACGUUCGUGGCAUAGGACUGUUCAUUGGAAUUGAAAUAAUCAACAAUCCGAAAGCCAAAACGCCGGCCACUGAUGAAGCUAAAGAAAUUGUCAACCGGAUGAAAGACGAAGAGAGAAUAUUGCUCAGUAGUGACGGACCGGACGCCAAUGUGAUCAAGUUAAAGCCUCCGAUGGUUUUUAGCAAAGCGAAUGCCGAUACAUUUUUAAAAGCUUUUAAGAAAAUAAUUCUAGACAUAAGAAAUAAGAGAAUGCAUUAAUAAGUUUAAUGUAUACUUUUCAAUUUUAUUAAAUCAAUGUAAUGCGAAUUAAUCCUGUACGUAUUAGUAAUAAUUUAUUCAAUUGAACAAUUAUUUUUGGAAUUUAUUAAAACAAGAAAAUGAUCAAAU